AUGACCGAUAAGGAGCACGAGUUUGUCGAGGAAUGGGUCGAAGAGUCGGUCACCGGCACCACGCUUCCUCUUGAUCAACUGGUGAGUCUCCUAAUGUUCUUUAUGUUUUAUGAGUUCUAGCUUUAGGUGUCACUGUAUGGGUAUGCCCUGCUAGGACUUGAAGAAGCCGAUGAAGCUGUGAUGCUGAAAAUUAAGAAGAAGGAGGAGGAGGCAAACGGAGGAGGAAAGGAUGGUGAUGAAACGAAAGAAAGACAAGAAGAAGAACCAGAAAACGAGGGAGGCUAUGAGUAUCCGAAACGGAAGGAAGCAAUGGUGAGGAAAGAAACCUAGAACAUCUUUAAGUUCUUUGUAUAGCUUAAGUUCCACGACUUCUCAGCACAUUCCCCCAGCUCUUUUUUACCAGUGUUCACAAGAAGACGAAGAACAGAGUGUGGAGCGAUUAAACACAAAACAAAUAGGUUAAACACAUCGCCCCCCAAAACGUAAAAAGACGAACCUUUUGUCUAUUGUCUCCUCCCUUCUUCGGAGGUUGCUCCGAGAAAGGAUAGUCUCCCGUAAACGAAGGCUCAGUCGUCUUAAUUGUUUUUGGUUAGCAGCCGCGUGUCCUCUCUUCUUUACUUUUCUUUCCUUCUCGAACUUCGAACUAAUUACGGAGGUCUGUGGAUGAGCACAGCCAUUACGAUAUGAACGAUGGAACGGACGGUCCGGAUGAGGCUUCCACUUCUGCUGCUCCUGAAGUACAUGAGCGGACCCUGAAGACAAACGAACCCACGACGAAUCCGAUGACGACAACGACGACGAGCUCCACGACAUCGACGCCAACGACAGUGCAUAAGAAGGUGAAAAUCGACAAUUCGGUUAGUAUUGUUUUUCCACUGAAAAAUCUGCCGUAA